GUCGGUUCCCAUUUCCCGUUAGGCAUCCGAUGGGCUUGGGGAUCGUCUGCCGACUGCCAUAAUCGAGCGAUCACUGAGUUCCGAUCGAGUAGCGAUUGAAUACGCCGGUCAGUUUGUUAAGCGAAGCGAUCAAGUGCGCGUGCCAACCGGAGGAGACACCCAACGCCCCAUAUAGCAAAAACUUUUCAAGAUCACUGCUCCGACUCACCUGGCUCCUUCUUUCUCCACUCCAGUCUGCUCUUUACUCUCUCCUUUAUUGUGUCUUCGUAUACUGCUUUCGGGGCUUGUGUGAAUCAUAAACAUAACCAUAACUCAGAAACCCCGGUGGAGUUAAGCGAAAAACGUUUUUGACGUUCAGUUGCCGGCUAUACGCGACUCACGUCGGAGGUCUUCCCUCCUCGCAGUCUGAAAACCAACAAAAAAAUCCCCUAAACUUCCUGUCCGCGAUAAAACUGUGUGCACAAAAAGUAAAUAAAUUAUAUCAUAUAAAAAUAAAUAAUAAAAAAUAUAUGAAACCAUGCAAAUUUUUGACGACUUCUGCAAAAGCCUCAACAAGGAAUUGCAACGAGCGAAUUUUGGCUUCUCAUACAAUCGCGUUCAUUUGUUCUAUAGAUCACAGUGGCAAAAAGAUGAAACCAACAUAAUAUACCUAUUAUACCGAUGGAUAUGGGCCCUGUUUUUUCUAGCGGUAUACAUUACCUGCAUAAUCGUCCAGUUCUGCGAUGGCAAAUUCUUUAUCUACAUGACAAACUGGGGAUUCGGCCUUUGUACCAUAACGAUGCUGAUUUCAGCCGUGCAAGUCACUUGCUGGCAUUAUGAUUUAAAAAACACUCGAAGUCGUGUACAGGAGUCCGGAAAUAAAGCCAAAACUACCAGAGGACUGAAGAUGUAUUGGUGGCUCUACAAUAUGACACUUUCAUUAGCCCUAAUUAUUUCAACGGUUUACUGGGUGUUCCUCCAUGGAAAGAUGAACAAACCAACUCGUUUUCCUACCAUAAGCAUCAUAACCCAUGGACUGAAUUCCCUGAUGAUGCUGAUCGAUUUUCUGGUCGUUGCAUUUCCGCUCAGGAUAUUGCAUAUGAUCUACGGGAUGAGUCUGGCUAUAUUUUUCUUCAUUUUCACCCUCAUAUACCAUUUAUGUGGCGGCACAGAUGAAUUCGGCAAUCAUUAUGUGUAUCCCAUUCUGGAUUGGAAUAAUCCCCAACGAUGCCUGGUGACAUUUGUGGGCAUCUUCAUUCUGAUUAUCUGCUACUGGCUACUGCUUUUUGGACUGUACAAGCUGAAGAGGAUGUUCAAUAGGGCCUUCAGUGUGGUUUGGACUCCUCAUGCUGUGGGUCUGAUAUAAGGGAUAGAAUUAGAGAGACAUGCAUAUUCAUCUCAUUAGACAUCAUUCAUAUAUUGCAUUAUUAGAGUUAUGUGAGACACUUUUAAAUUCCAUCCUGCAUUCAAGCAAUCACACACGCAUGCAUUUAUUUAUGUCUAGCGUUUUGUUAAGUUUUAAUCUUCUGGUUCCUUAAAGUUGAAUUGGCUUAGUUAGGUUAAUAAACAAACAAAGAUUUUGUUGGACAAAUAUGAAUUCAUUAUAGUAAAUAUGAAAUUAGUUAGAAGACCCGCAACGCGAUAUUUUUAGAUUAUGUGGGAUGCAUUGUAAGCAUUAUGGAAGUUAAUAAAAAAUACUAAGUAAAAAAAUGUAUAAGGCUGAAAAUGUUUUCUAUCAAUUAUUUAUUUUUUAAGUUAAU